AUGGCAUUGUCCGGAUUAGACAAUGAAAAAGUUAAGUGCGAAGGCUACACGCCUGACCUGACCUACGUCAAGGGAAAUGGGUUAGAGGUGAACGCAACAAGGACCAAUGGAAUCGGAAAUUUUAAAUCAUGUAAAUUUCAAGAGAUUUUCAGCCAUCCUUCGGGAGAUAAAACUAUGACUAGCGGAGACUGGAGCGCGACUUUCACCACAGGAGUUAAUCUCAAAGAUGAAACCGAAUUUAUUGUUGUAGAAUGCGAGAAUAAUGCAUCGCAGACCAUAUCUAAAACGUACCAUGCCCUCAUUCCCAAACGCCAAGAGUUGGCAGAGGAGCUGUCCUUCAAGCUCAAGACACGAGAAGCGUAUCACAAUCCCAAAGAAACUCUGAACGUUGUCAUGAUAGGAAUGGAUGGCGUCCCUCGCAACCACUUCAUGCGCGCCAUGAACAAAACGUACACGUUUCUCAUGAGCGAGCUCAACUCGUUUGACCUGAGCAUGCACACGCAGGUCGCCAUCAACACGUACCCCAACUUUGUGGCGAUGUUAACCGGAAGUUACGACCAUGAAAUCAAAAAAUGGUGGCUGGCGUCCGAAAGUUUGGACAACUACAAAUUCAUCUGGAAGGACUUCGAGGCGGCUGGGUAUAGAACGUUGUAUGCAGAGGACCAGCCCACCCUCGGAGCGUUUUAUUUAGGACGCCAAGGGUUCAAGUCUUCGCCAACACAUUACAACAGUCGCCCCAUCAGUUUGGCCAUGGAGAGCGACAAAGUUCUCUGGAAAGCCGGGCGCCACUGCUUGGGUAACCAGGCGGAGAUCAAUUUUUAUUACGAUUAUGUGAAGAAAUAUUUAGAAACGUUUCGAGACGAGCCGCUGUUCGCGUUUUACUUCCAGACACGGAUAUCGCACGACAACGUGACCACGACGAAAAUGGCCGACGACCACACACACGAGUUUUAUAAGAACCUCAGCGACGGUGGGCAUUUAAAUAACACGCUCCUGAUCUCGUUUUCCGAUCACGGCAUCAGAUGGGGGCCUCUUCGGGCAACCUUCAACGGCCUCAUAGAAAGCAGGGCACCGUAUGCUAUUUUCACGUUCCCCAAGUGGUUUUUGGACAAGUACCCGGAUGUUGCGAAUAAUUUAAAGACGAACGCCGGGCGACUCACGACGCACUUCGACACGCACGCGACUUUACGGGAUCUCAUCUACUUCAAGGCUGACCGCGCCAGUCCGCUCGUUCCAGGAAGUCACGGCACUUCUCUGUUCCGAGAAAUACCGAAGACAAGGGUGUGCAGAAACGUUCCGGUCCCAUCGGAGUUCUGUAUAUGUGGCCAGAGUCACAUAGAAGAAAUGUCCAACACGUCGGUUUUGAGCAAAGGUCUGGUCGAUAUCGUACUCAAGUCAGUGAAUUCCAAAACUGAUAAAUCUAAAUGCUUAAACUUGGAUUUGGCAGAGAUUGUUCAAGUGGCCCACAUUAAACUCACUAAAGUCGACGACAAGGACCAAAGAGUAUUUAAGAUUAAAUUCAUCACGUCGCCAGGGGGCGCCCUGUACGAAGGAACGGUAACCACGAAGCAAUGUGAUGAUUCAGAUCUGCUGGACUAUUUUGAAGAGCUGGAGUCUGGCAAUGACAACAAUAUUCUGUCGGUGACCGUUGGUCAAACGAUUGACAGGUUGAAUUUUUACGAGGGUCAGGCGGAUUGCGAAGGGGAUGUCACAGUGAAAGCUUACUGCUACUGUCAGAAUCUGGUCAACAAAACAACAAGCAGUUGA